AUGAUAUUACAGAGACACACGAAGAGUGACUGUAAGCACAGUAGUAAGCAGGGUCCUCCUGUCAGAGGAGCCAGUUCACAACCAGGACGACCAGGAACAGCUGACGGUGCACUUUCUCCUAUUCCUGAUGUAUCCCCUAGUCUUGAAGCGGCAGAAAGUUUAGGAUUCAAUCACCAGGAUCGAGGACGAGAAAGAGGACGAUCCUACGAAGAACAUCGUGGACGAGGACAGGACGAUCAAGACGAAUCUAUUUCAGGAGUUCUCAACAACUUUUCUAAAGCUCUAGGAGAUAUCAGAGAGAUUAGAGAGAAGCGGAUGCAAAGUUUGGGCCCGCUUGUAAAACAAUCCGAAGACUCAAAGAAAAGUAUGAACGGACCAAAUCAAUUUCAACAAAAUCAGCACCACAAUCAACAACAACAACAAAUGCAAAGAUUUCCCCAACAAAACCAGCAACAACCUUACAACAAUCAACAACGUCAACAGCAGUAUGGACAAAACAAGCAGCAGCAACAACCACAAUAUGGACAGCAACAGCAGAACUAUAGACAGCAGCAGAACUUUCAACAGUCAGGAUUUCAACAGCAACAGCAAAUGGUACGGCCAAGACAGUCUUAUGGGCAAAAUAAUAUGGGUUAUAAUAAUGGGUAUAGUUCUAACAAUAUGCAAAAUAUGCAACAACAAUCAAAUUUUUCUAAUUAUUCAAAUCACCAACCGCCUGAUCUUUAUCAAAACAUGCAGAAUUUUCAACCCCCACAACCCCAAUAUAUGCAGCAACAGCCUGUUAUACAACAGCCAGUUGUUCAACAGUCUGUUAUGCAACAACCCGUUAUGCAGCAGCAGCAGCAUUUACAAACAGGCUUGGUUGUGCAACAGCCGGCGGUUGUACAACAGCCAAAUAUUCUUUUAGCCCAAGGUAAUGCGCCCCAACCCCAACCUACUUAUGUAUAUACAUCAAAUCAAAACCCUUUUCUUCAGCAGCCUCCACCACCUGCUGGAACCAUUCUGCAACAACCUCAGCAACAAGUACAGCAAGUAUCGCAAACAUCCGGAAUUGUACUGGCUCAUCAACCAGUACAACAACAACAACUUGUUCAGCAACAGCCUGGUGUACAGUUGAUGCAGGUACCACAACAGACUGGACAACCUAUUGUUAUAUACUCCUCUGCUGAACUGACCGCUCCAACACCUGCCCUCAUAUCCGCCCCUACACCCUCGCCUCUUGUAGUCAACAGCUCUAUUCCAAUGUCUUCCACUGCGUACACGUUCGACCCAUCCAGUCUCUCCGCCUCUCAGCAGCUGGCACUAAUACAGUCCCAGCAACAGCAUCAGCAACAACACCUCAAGAAAAUGCGUCAACGUUUACCCCAUGUAAGUGGUCGUGAAUUACAAACGCUACAUAAACAAAUAAAAGAUUUACAACACAAACAACAUCAACAGACUUUGCAAACCCUGAGACUUGCACAAGUUCAGGAAAAACAGGCUUUUAAGUACCUUGACUCGGCGCUUAAAACCCGCCAAAUGCCGAAAAAUUCUUAUUCGCAUUCGGCGCAUCGGGUUGUGGGGUUCAACAUCAAGGGCAAGAGUGGGUCACCUGGAAAGAAGUUCGACCCCCUUCCCGCUGCAGCUCUUCUUCAAUCCUCAACACUCGUGACAAAUAGCUUGCGUCCCGCGCAGGGUAUACAAUCAUUGAUUCCACAUCUGUCAAUUAACCAUCAACAAUCCAUCAAUCAAUCUGAAUAUGGUCGAAAAUCCGGCUUUGUGUCUGUGCAAGGAUCUCCUGGUCUGUCUCCAGUUGCUACUCCAGAUACACUCUCAGAAUCAGGAUCAAUCAAGUCUGCCAGAUCAAGAAGCCGAACACUGCCCUUCCUACCUCCAGAGGAGCCUGCACCCUUACCUUCGCAGGCUAAAAAAGCACAAGACAGAAUGCGGUCGUAUGGUAAAAUGCGACAGAGUAGUUUAGAUGGUAUUACCGGAAUGCCUCCUAAGAGUUACUCAAGUUUUGGACGACCGAGACCGAGUAACAGCGAAACAAAUUUACGUAAGCUUGCACUGGAGGAGAGGAAUAGACCAGUUUCUGCGCUGGGAUUAUUACAAGCCUCGAGUGUGAUCAGCAGCCAUGGUCCUAGUCAAGCUGCUAAGGAGCACGAGAAGCGAAUACUGGAAAAUAUUCUUCCGCCAGACCUCCGCCAUCUCAUUAGAGGUGGAGGUGGAUCUUCCUACUCAUUCCAGAAUAUUCGGCAGCAAAUUGAAAACGACCUGAAAGGCGGAGUUUCCUCUAACACCUCAGGACCUUCCGCUGGAGAAAUUGCCAGGCUUAACGCUGAAAAGAAACUUUUUGGAGUUCAGUCUGAACGAAUACGAGCUGAGAUGCAGAGAUACGCAGCUACUAAAGAUCCUCGUUUAAGGGCGGAGAUGAAACAUAAGCUUAACCCUGUCAUGGAUAAUCAGCUUUCCAGAACAAGGUAGAUACAGGGUGUCCCAAUAAACAUGGGA